AUGGUGUUCAAAGCAAUUCCCAAGGUUUUGACUAUUGCUUUACUCAAGCAUGUGACAAAGGUUAGUAACUUUUAUCCUGCAAAGGAGGGAAUUUCGAAAUAUUACAGUCCACAUAUGAUUGUGAGACGAAAACCGGUGGAUUUUUCAAAAGAAUGUGUUGCUGAAAUUGGAUCCUUUGUACAAGGAUAUGGUCACAUGACCAACAACAGUCAACAAUCAAGAAUGAUUGAUGGUAUUUAUCUUGGGGUGAAUGACAGCAUAUGUUACUUGAUCUUAAUACCAAAAAAGGCAGUAACAAGACCCUAUGCAACGGUACUUCUGAUCACCAAACAAGUGAUCAAAAUUGUGGAACAAAUGGCACACGACAAGGGCGUUUGUGAUUUGCGUACUUAUCAUUGGAAGAAUGGUGAAAUCAUAUUGGAUGGUGAUUUGCUUGCAGGAGUGGACCCAGAUGAACUAUUGGAUGAUACAUAUAUUCCAUGCAAAAAUGAAUACAAACGAAGCGAUGAGAAUCUUCGUAAUGAAACGAUUGAUCAAGAUGAAAUCGAUGCUUUACCUGAAGAAGCGGAAGAAUUUAUUGAAAACUAUGAUGAUGAGCACACCAAAAAUGUCAAAGAACAGACAGAAGACAGGAGUGUUGCAAGUAUUUAUGAAUGA